CUGGCCUGAAUAAACGGAGUUGUCUGGCAGAGACUGUGUGAUCCUUGACAGUAGACUGGCCUCACAAAGGGCAAAAGGACGAGCUGAUAAAAACUGGCAACAUGGCUGUGGCAGGCUGCACGAAAUGCAUAAAAUAUAUGUUAUUCUUCUUUAACUUUAUUUUCUGGUUGGCUGGAGGUGUGAUCUUAGGAGUGGCCCUGUGGCUCCGCCAUGACAGUCAAACCAGCAACCUCCUCAUACUUCAGUUUGAAGGCCAGCAGGCACCGGCCACUUUCUAUAUCAGUGUGUACAUAUUGAUAGCUGUUGGAGCUGUGAUGAUGCUUGUUGGCUUCCUUGGAUGUUACGGUGCCAUUCAGGAAUCUCAGUGUCUGCUGGGGACGUUCUUCUUCUUUUUGGUGAUCCUCUUUGCCUGUGAAGUGGCUGCAGCAAUCUGGGGUUUCAUGAACAGGGACACUAUCUCCAAAGAACUCAUCAACUUCUACGACUCUGCGUACAUCAAGGCCGUGGACGUCUCUGGCUCUCCCAGCAAAGACGCCGCCAUCAAGAUCCUGGAUGUUUUCCACACUACACUCGACUGCUGUGGUAAAGGGGAUGACACUCCACUCUUCAAACAAGUUGCCACCACCUUGUGUCCAAGAAAGUCCCCAGAAGAUUUUCUGACAUCUCAGAGCUGUCAUGAUAAACUGAUUGAGCUGUUCUCCGAGAAGCUCCACCUGAUUGGUCUGGCCGCCUUGGUGGUUGCUGUCAUCAUGAUCUUCGAGAUGAUCUUUACCAUGGUGCUCUGCUGUGGGAUCCGUAACAGUCCUGGAGUAUAUUAGGAAUCUAGCCAACAAGCAGCAACAGUCCACAUCAGCCUAUAAUUUUAUUACGUGUUUCUAUGGUUCAGCUCCUUUUCCUUUUUGACUGUAACGCAAGAUGGAAAUCUCUCCUUUUUAUUUUAGAUUAGAAACUAUAAAUUGUUUUUAACAUUGCUAAUCUAUCAUCACUCAGUUUUCUUACACAGCAAUUUAGCUUCUAUCUGUCAGAUGUCCUUUAUUUAUCACACAACACUUCAUAUGAAUCUUUUAUAUUUACAGUAUGUAUGUGAAAUAUUUCUCUGAAGUCAUUGAACUUAAUGCUGUUUUUAUGGAUGUAUAAAUUGUAUAUAUAUAUACUUGUCAUAUGUCAAUAACUCUUAGGAGAGUCCAUGUAUUCCCUGAUUGAUUGUUUGUAGAUGCAUCUUGCUGCAGUGUUACAAUAUAAUUUAAGAAGCAGGGUUUCAGUGAUCUAAGGUAAUGUUCUGUCUUACUUUAGUACUUUUCCAGAUGAUGAUUUAGUCUGUGUUCUUUAGUCAACCUUGUGUCUCUUCUUUGUGCCCAAUGAACCAUCUCAUGCUGUUUUAUCUUUAUUAACACAUGAAACACCCCUCCUCAAAUAAAACAAAAACAGUCAGGUUUUAUUACUUAACCUGUUUUAAUAAUUCUAAUAAAUUAUGUCACCUCUCUUAUACCAUUGAUUUCCAAUCUUAUUUUGCUUGUGAUCUAUUUCAGUUAAAUAGUUUCUUAUCAUAA